AAAACAUUGGCUGCUCCUUGAAGCGCGGAGAAAUAAUUUUUUAAAGUUUUCUGAUAUAUAUCAUUAUUUUGACGGUUAUCAUGGAACAACAAGAUGCUGGGCAUACAAAUAUUGUAAAGGUCACGAUUUCACUUGGCCAGGUUUUUGACUAUGUUGGGGAUUCCGUGAGACCUUUGCGAGAAGGCCAAAAUGUAUUCGAUUCUGGACACAUCGUUUGCAUAGGCUACACAAAAAAAUUGCAGGAUUAUCUGGAGUUGACGGCAUAUGUGCUACAGAGCUCUCACCCAGCAGAUGUUCCGCAUGAGCUACGUUUGAAGAUCGGUUCAGACUACCGCAAAUGGUCACUGUGCUGUUCCUGCAAGGCUGGAACAUCCCGAUGCAAGCACAUUAUUGCUUGUCUUCUGCACCUGUGCCAAUUCAGAUCGGUUGAAUUUAUGACGUGCACGGAUUCCCGACAAGCUUGGGGUAGAAGUAGAGCUGAAAUCAUCCAAUGGCGCGCAAAACCACUGAUGCAACUGUGUUGUAUUCGACAGCACCCAGUCGUUACUCCGGUUGAUACAUCAAAUAAGCAAGAGCUCCUGCAGCAGGCCUUCGACCGAAUUUUGAAAGGUAAUAAACUAGUGAAGUAAUGAAGUUGAACUUCCAUAACAUGAUUUUUUUUUAUAUAUAGCAUCUCCGAAUUCAGCGAUCCAGAAACACAUCGAUGGGAGAGAAUUGAGUGCACCACUGCCCAUAGCUGGUCCUCUGUCGCAAAUGAAUUACGGCGAGUAUGUAUCACGCAAUGAGUUGUACGGCAUGAUACUUGAUGUCCAACAAAUCUGCAAUAUUGAAUGGCUGCUGGAGGAAAAUUACAAGCAAUUUUAUGAGACCAAUGUUCUUAAAAAUGUGCAGUCGAUAUUGGAUAUUGCCGAAGAAACUAAAGAACAGCGUAAUGAUGCUUGGUAUUUACAUCGCUCAAUAAGAAUCACUGCAAGCUCUUGUUACGACCUUUUUACAUACACCCGUAAUAAGAAUGCAGAUUGGCCAAGGAAGACAAAUCUUUAUCUGAACCCGAAGCUGAUCCGAUCAAAAGCUUUAGAUUAUGGAAGGGAAACAGAGGAAUCAGCACUCGAAUGCUACAGAAUAAAACGAAAUCCAUUAGUGAAAAAAUGUGGAUUUGUAGUUUGUGUGAAAGAACCAUGGAUUGGCGUAAGUCCAGAUGGCGUCGAUACUGGCUGUAAUAUUUUA